AAAAACCUUGCUGACACGAACAGGGCCACCCAAAAUCGCUGAUGGUGCGAUUCGGGUUGAGGACGUGAUUUUUCAACAUUUGAUGUUACAGUAAAAAUGUCGCGAACUUGACACGGCUAGCAUGUGUCGGUACGUGGCGAUUGUCGCAUUAGCGAUGGUAGAGUUGAUGACGUGCGCUCCUCCUCCUCUCCGAGUGACAAUUGACUGUGGAUCUGACGAGGACCCUGCACAAUACUCGAAUUCAAGGUCAGCUGAGUUAUUUAGAAGUAAUUCACAUUUUGACGUUGACUCCUUCUGCAAUUUCAUUCACAACGCAAUUCCUCAAGUGGUUAAAGAUGGGAAGUUUGUCGUCGAACCAGAUCUUGACCAGGAGGGCCUGAGUGAUUCCCUCGCCCCAGUAGCCGUUGCUCCACCCAGUGGCUUCAUACCUAAACUAGUAUUCCCGAAAUUAAGACCUCCAAGACUAAGGACACCAACGUUGAAUACAGUUAAUGUACCAAAACUCAGACCUUUCCAUGGAACUUUGAAACCACCUAAAAUAGGAUCUCCAAUGUCAUUUCCUUCAUUUAGAUAUGAAGAACAAUCGAGCGCAGAAAGAUUGGAAAAGUUUAAAAAAGGUGUUCAGAAAAUGUUACAUUUUGUGAAAGUCUUGGGAAAAAUAGAUCAGUAUAUAUCGGAGAGGACAAGAAUUGUUAUCGAUAAGUUAACGAAGACAUUUUUAGAUUGAUUUGUUAAUAUUAUAAAUAUAGAAACUGCACUUUUACAAAUUUUUAAAAUGAU